CGAGGCCCCGCCCUCUGUGACCGCGGCACUGCGCAGGCGGGCUCCUAUUGGAUAAAGGAGCUGUCCAUCAGAGACAGCGCGCAGAGCGUGCGCUUUAAUUGGCUGUUUCUGACGCAGCGAGGAGUCCGUUUGUUUUAGAACAAAAACAUCUGUUUUUUAUCAACAAGAAUCAUCAAUAUCAGCAAAAACCGGCCGCGGGUUUGAGUCUCCGGCCCCGGGUCUGAGUCCCGGGACCCUGUGUGUCCAAGGGGCCGCACUAAAGCAUAAUAUGAGAAUAACACACUGAAGGCCUAUGAGAAUAACACGUUCUGCUCCUGUCUGCUCCUGCCUGCUCCUGUCAUUUCUUCUUGUCACACCUCCCUCUUCCUUCAGAGCGUCUUCAGACUGGACUAGUGCAGAAUGCCAGAGUCUCAGAGCCCAGAAGAAAAAUCCCAUCAACCAAUGGGAGCAAAGCGAGGUCGUCGUCAGCCAGUGGGAGCAGAGAAGGUCGACACGGGGAUGAUCUACACCAUCGAGGACGUGCCGCCCUGGUACCUGUGUGUGCUGCUGGGUCUGCAGCAUUACCUGACGUGUUUCUCGGGCACGGUGGCAGUACCGUUCCUGUUGGCCGAGGCAAUGUGCGUGGGGCGGGACCAGAGCACCAUCAGUCAGCUCAUUGGAACCAUCUUCACCACGGUCGGGAUAACCACGCUGAUACAGACCACACUGGGUAUCAGGCUUCCUCUGUUCCAGGCUUCGGCCUUCGCUUUCCUCAUCCCGGCCCAGGCCAUCCUCAGUCUGGACCGAUGGAAGUGUCCCCCACAAGAGGAGAUCUAUGGAAACUGGACUCUGCCCCUGAACACGAGUCACAUCUGGCACCCGCGGAUCCGAGAGAUCCAGGGCGCCAUCAUUGCGUCCAGCCUGACGGAGGUUGUGAUUGGUGCAUUUGGACUUCCUGGCCUGAUGCUGCGUUUCAUUGGCCCUUUGACCAUCACCCCCACGGUGUCUCUGAUUGGUCUGAGCGUGUUCACGACGGCCGGCGAGAGGGCGGGGUCUCACUGGGGCCUGUCCGCACUGUGUAUUCUGCUGAUCCUUCUCUUCGCUCAGUACCUUCGCUCCAUUUCUCUGCCCGUCCCUGUCUACAGCCCCAAGAGAGGACUGUCCUCCACCAGAGUCCACAUCUUCAAGAUGUUCCCCAUUAUUCUGGCGAUCCUUCUGGUGUGGCUGUUGUGUUACGUCAUGACCCUGACCGACCUCUUGCCGUCUGACCCCGGUCGCUACGGUCACCGCGCCCGGACUGACGCCCGCGGUGACAUCAUCAGCUCGGCGCCAUGGAUACGAGUGCCCUACCCCUGUCAGUGGGGUUUGCCCGUCUUCACCUUGGCAGGUUUUCUGGGGAUGAUGAGUGCGACUCUCUCCGGGAUCGUGGAGUCCAUCGGAGAUUAUUACGCCUGUGCGCGCCUGUCUGGAGCCCCGCCCCCUCCCGUACACGCCAUCAACAGAGGGAUUUUCACUGAGGGUUUGUGUUGUAUCAUCGCCGGGUUAUUGGGGACAGGAAACGGCUCCACUUCCUCCAGCCCAAACAUCGGGGUCCUGGGCAUCACCAAGGUGGGCAGUCGGCGUGUGGUCCAGUACGGGGCUGGGAUCAUGUUUCUUCUCGGGUCUGUGGGGAAGUUCACGGCCCUUUUCGCCUCGUUACCAGAUCCCAUCCUCGGAGGCAUGUUCUGCACCCUGUUCGGGAUGAUCACGGCGGUGGGACUCUCUAACCUUCAGCUCGUGGAUUUGAAUUCGAGCAGAAACCUUUUCGUUCUGGGUUUCUCGAUGUUCUUCGGCCUCACGCUGCCCACGUACCUGGACUCACACCCGGACUGCAUCCAGACCGGAGUGCAGGAGCUGGACCAGAUCCUGACCGUGCUGCUCUCCACCGAAAUGUUCGUGGGAGGAUUCGUCGCCUUCUGCCUCGACAACACCAUACCUGGGUCUCUGGAGGAGCGUGGGCUCAUUCACUGGACCUCCUCGUCCGGUUCUGGAUCUUCUCCAUCGUAUGAGUUUCCAUUCGGGAUGAACCUGAUCUGGAAAGUCCCAGUCUUGAGCCGCCUCCCCUUCUGCCCCACCUUCACAGGCUUCAGGAGGACCACGAAGGACCAGGACCUAGACCAGGGUCCAGACCAAGAGCAGAACCAAGACCAGGACCAGGUCUGGACCAGAGUCUGACCCAGAGAAACCUGGAAAACACCAACCAAAGACUGGAAACUAAAACACGUUCAGACCACUCCUUCAGGCAAGAUCAGGUCAGGAUCCGAGCUCAGACCUGGUCCACUGCUCCUGACAGGUGCGCCACAGGAGGGCAGGUGCAGGGGCAGGUGCAGUUAGGACUGAGCGAUGUGAAGAUAAAAAUUUAAUCGUCUGGUCCCUGUCAGCGUUUGGUAAAUUGAUCAUAUUGUGAUUUGUCUUUUUCAUCCUCUCCUCUCAUUGGUCAGGUUUAGCAGUGCUCUGAGUGACAGGUGGAUCUGACCAAUCACAGUGCAGUGUGGACUCUCAGAAGAAGAAGAUGACUUUAGCUACCUCUUCACGGCUGGAUGCAGAGUUUACAUAAUAAGUGAUAAAAAGAGAGAGAGAAAGAGAGGAGCAGUGAUGGAUGAAGCACUCAGUUUCAGUACUUUUACUUUUUUCAAGUACUCGUUAAAGAGUAAAAAGUAAAAGCAUUCUGGACAUAUUUUGAGGGCUUAGUUUUUUGUGUUUUUUUUUUUAACUGCAGUUUUUCUUUGUAUAUUUGUGUUUGCUCAAAUUAUGAACGUGUUAAAAUAAACCCUCAGGCUUUUCAGCAGGUCUAUAAUAAAAAAAAAAAAAGACUUUUACUUUUCAGUCCUGCUCUAAAAUGUAGUAUAGUAGAAAGUACAGAUACCUGCUCUCAAAUGUAAUGAAGUAAAAGUAAAAAGUAUCCAGUGUAAAAUGUACUUAAGUAAAGUACAGAUACCUCAAAUUUAUACUUAACCUCCCAGGACCCGAGCUCUUGCAGCUUUAUUGAUUUGUGUUUUUUACCGUAUUUUCUGUACUAUAGGAUGCUUUGGAUUAUAAGGCGCACUGACAUUAAAUGGUCUAUUUAUGAGCUUUUUCACAUAUAAACCGCACCGGACAUAAAAACGAAACACAACAGUUCGAUAAGUCAGUCAAACUUUAUUUAACGUGUUCACAAUAACUCUCAAAUUUCUUUAUUUGUAACAUGUAAAAAAAAUACUGUCUGAGACGCUAAAUUGUUCGUGUAUUCACAAUAAGUCGUAAUAGUUGAAACAGUUGGGUGAUUCCGGCAUCCAGUACACCAACAUCCCUCUCAUCAUUAUCCCAGUCAGUGUGGUUCCUGUUCCCUGGAGUUCAGUUCAGUGAUGAUUCCGGUCUUGGUGAAAGCUCGGACCACAGUUGAUACU